AUGCAGGAACAUGGAGGAGUGGGAGUGACUCCCUUCUUCAACCAAUCCUCAGAAUUCAACCUGACGAAUGGAAGCAGUUCGACUGUCUGUGAUCAGGUCGACACCUCGGCCCACAUCUUCUUCCUGCUGGUCUACACUGUGGUGUUUCUGGUGGGUUUGCUCCUCAACGGUUUCACCCUGAAGGUUUAUUUCUGCCGAGCUCAGCAGCAGGUGUCCAGCAGCGUGACCAUCUACCUGAAGAACCUGUCAGCCGCCGACUUCCUGAUCAGCCUCUGUCUGCCACUCCGAAUCACCAACUACGCCAGCAGCUCUGUCUUCAUCCGACGGGUCUACUGCAACUUUGGUGCCUCUGCCUUCUACCUCAACAUGUACGCCAGCAUCCUGUUCAUGUGUUACAUCGCAGCUAACAGGUAUCUGAAGAUCAUCCAUCCUUUAGGAACUCACGUCCUGCAGACGGUGCGAGCGGCUCACAUCAUCUCCACGGUAACCUGGGUUUUCCUGGUGGCCACGAUGAGCACCUACAUCACCCUGUCACUGCUCACCCAGGAGCCGCUCUCCUCCGUCCCCGAGGCGGUGAGCUGUGACCUCCUGCACAGCAGACAGGUUAGCCUCUUCUACAAACUCGUCCACAUCUGCUCCGCCGCCAUCUUCCUGUUUGUCCUCGUCUCCCUGGUCUUCUUCUACUACAGCACCUCCCGCAGGCUGGCGCUGGCCCAGCAGAGGCAGCCGGCGUCCUCCGGCUCCAAGAAGCUCGCCAAGUCCCGCAGGAACAUGCUGGUGCUGGUCAGCGUCUUCUGCGUCUGCUUUGUCCCGUACCACCUGGUCCGCCUUCCCUACGCCUUCAUGAGCAGGUGGUGCUCCUGGAGCCAGGUGUUCUUCUACCUGAAAGAGCUGACCGUCAUGGUGUCGGUUCUUAACGUCUGCCUGGACCCACUCAUCUAUUUUAUCUUCUGCAAGGCCUUCCGGGCGCAGCUGAGCCCGCGGAGGCUGUUCAGCAUCACACAGACUCAGACGCAGGCAGCGAACGCCGAGGGGAGGAGCAGCGACGGGCUGACGAGCACCAUCAGAAACUACAGGAAGACGUCGCUCACCGCGUCGACAAAGCAGAUCGGCAUGCUGUAGCUUAAAGACCUCUGACACCACAACUGUAAAUAUGUACUUGUUUACAUCCAGCAGCCAACAGGAGAUCUUUUCAUCCUUCAGGCAUCCAGCAGACAUUGGUUGGAUGUUUGGAUGUGGCAACAGAUUCUGUUCAAGUCAUGGAAAGUUUGAAGGACAUUUUUUCAAAGACUUCAUGUAAAAAGGCCUGUUGUGAUCUUGGGGUUGGGGUCACAUCUUUGGAAAGCUGAGUAGGCUGGGGCCGGACAAAUAAUACAUAUUUUUAAAAAAGAAAUUCAUUCCAGGAUUAGAAUUGAAUAGGUUAUAACUAAGUGUUUCUGGAGCAGCAACAGUGAUGCUGAAACUGAGCCAUCAGACAGAAUGGAGUUCUUUUCCAGUUUCAUAUACAUGAACAAAUUAACGGCGGAAGUUGUGAGAAAUAAUGCAAAGUUAUGACUGAUGAAUUUAUGUUCAACAGCACUGCAGCCCACAGAGUUCUUAGGAAUUAUACCCAGUAUCUCCUGUUGAGCAGAACAUAUUUAGUUCCAGGAACUGAAGUGAAGUAGACCGCCAACAGUGUAACCUGCAAUGAUCCAGCAUGUUCUAGCAAUGCAGCUUUAUUAAUAUGUAAAUAUCAGAGCAGAUAUUAACAAUGAUAUGAAA